AUGCUACCUAGAGCGUAUAGUAAUGAGAGCAUCAUUAGAGCUUCAUCAGUACGUGCUCCGUUUGUUUCAGAUCCCAUGAAGCAAGAGAAGCAGCAGGUGACCAACAACACGUACUUGUUAAUCGAGAAGCUGCGACCCUACACCAACUACUCUAUUUAUAUCAGGACCUUCAUCAUCUUCCAGGAUGAGAGGGAACCCGUCAUAGGCGAGCCUUCUCAACCUAUCAUCUGGCGAACCCAUGCUGACUUUCCAAGUCGGCUGCCGGACGUGGUGCUGACGGCUCUCUCCCCAACAAUGCUGAGGCUGACGUGGACUCCACUCACACACGACGAGGCCAAUGGUGCCAUCAUUCACCAGAGGGUACAGUGGAGGAGUAAGGAGUCUCACUACCAUGAGGCAAGGGAUAUUCUCCCAGACCUCAGAGAGUAUGAUAUAAGAAAUCUUCACCCCAACACCUGGUAUGAGGCGAGGGUACUAGCAGCCACAGAGGCCGGAUACCCACCCCACAACGAACGCUUUUCCUGAAAAUACAAGAUGCCAAAGGUGGAUCGCAACCCACAACAUCCGGACAAGCAUAUCGAUUUUCAUCUCUCGGUCUUCAGUGACAAGCCGACGGAUAUUCUAGUGGAAUGGUCUCUAGCUCCUGCUCUACGGCCAGACGUCUUCACUUACGAAGUGGUGUACAACAGCACUGCUGAGACUACGUACCACAACAACACAGAAGCCUCCGCUACUUCCCUUGUCCUCGGUAACCUGGAACCAGACACGUGUUACACUGUGAAGGUGGAGCCUCACUACAAGGACAGACACGAGAGAGUUGGUGAAAGGCGCACUGGGCGCACUAUCUGUACUCUGGUACCUGAUCCAACCAAUCUUCCGCCACUUGAAUAUACAGACAAGAUAGGCAUCAAGAAAGUUAAGGUAAAGGUGUUAAACACAACGAGCAUCCUGGUCUCCUGGCGUCCCAAGGGUAAGAGAAUCACGCCGGAUUUCUUCACUGUAGAAGUCGCCAGUCUGGGACAACAGAGGAGUGAGAAAGCCUCUCCGUACACCAUAAACGGUGGUGGUUUAGGCCAGGACGUGGGUGAGGACGGAGUGGCCGAGCACUACAGCAAUUUAGGAGCCUCAGGUCGUAGCCCUAGGGAGCAAGAUGUGAGGGAUGAUUACGGGAAGAGUUACCACGACGACUACGACAAGAAUUAUCACAUAAAUGGACUUGAAGGCGAAGGCCUUGGCUCUCCUCAGGAGACGGAGGAUGCGUCAGGAGGAGCGAGGGAGUGGCAGAAGGAGGGUGAGGUACGUCAAGUGAGAGUAACGCGCUCGAGGGUCGUGAUUACUCACCUGCUGCCUCUUCACGGGUACCAGAUCACUGUCACAGCCUCCACUCCCUCCCUCACCAGUCUACCCUCUCCUCCACACCAAGCCAUCACCCAGGAAGGGGUUCCCAGCGCACCUGUCAACGUCUCCUGGAACGCUGCCAGCCCUAAGGACGCUGUACUGGUGUGGGGUCGACCACUGCACAUCAACGGUCAACUCCUCUACUAUCUGAUCACUUAUUCCCAUGACCAACUGGAGUGGAAGAACCAGACAGUGGAUCACCACCACACUGUUGCAAAGAUACAAGACCUGGUAUCAAACACCAACUACACUCUGAGAAUAGCAGGCGUGACGGGCGGAGGUGUCGGUAGCUUAACUACAGUGUUUGUGUACAUCAGAGCCACGCUGGAGGGAGAGCCUAAGAUGCAUACUGAGUUGGUGGUGAUCAGCGUGGUGUGUCUGCUAGCAGCAGCAACGUGCGUAGUGGUCGGGCUCCUCUGCCUUAGAAUGGUCCGUCACAGACAAAUUACUACAUCUGCUGCCUUUCAGGGUAAUGGGACAUGUCGCAUGGUAUACGCGAAUGGGGUGAAGGCCUUAGGCAGGGAUCAUGACACGGAACUUAAUGAUUACAAGCCUAUGUUAGCUUCCCUGCCAUCUACCUCUCAUAGUCGGCACCUUGACACCAAGGGAGGACCUUGGACGCGAGAUGAUGCAAUUGUAGCUAAUUGUCUUCUUGAUGGAAAUGCCGUUAGAAUGAAUGAGGCUGAUGUGCCAAAUGAAAAUGUUGAGCCUCUGUUUGAUGGUAUGGGAGCUAAACAUGUACAAGAUGGUCUAGACGACAUAGAUGACGAUGAUGCUUCUAGCAGAUUACUGAAGAACGUCUCAGCAGAGCCUGUAUAUUCCAGUUUGAAGAACAUUGAGCCAAGAUCUAUACUAGAAUCCACUCAGGUUGAUCCCAGCUCUCCAAAAGACAGUGCGGGGGCAGCACCGGCCAUGGUAUCCUAGAAUUUGUACUAGCCUUAAUACACGGGUGACGGCACGGGUUUAGAGACUAGUUUGGGCCCAAAAUGCCAUACCACAAGAAGAGUAACGCUGGUGUUUGUCCUGCAAUGUUGAUUAUUAUUAAAUUGAAAACAAUCUCUAAAGCCUCGAUGAUAGGUAAAUGAUACAAAUUUCUGGCUUGUGUAUCGAGGUCUGGACCGGAGCCAGUCAGAAGGUAAGAGAGUGGAUAAAAGGGUUCUAGUGGUAGUUUGGGUCACUGAUUCCCUACAUUGGAGCUGGAGGUAGGGUUCGGGUGGUAGAAUGGGGCUCCAAGUAUCCUGUCAGUGGAGAAGUAUUCACUGGCCAGAAGUACAUUGCAUGUGUAAGAAAAUCUAGAUUAUUAUAAUUUUAAGCCUAGAUUGUUCUAAUUUUAAGGCUAGAUUAUUAUAAUUUUAAGCCUAGAUUAUUUUAAUGAUGAGGAAGCACUAAACCCAUAUGGGUCAUGCAAAGCUGGUGAAUGAGAGGUAAUCAGGUUUUGCCCAAAAGUGAGUGGCUCAAAUUCCUCGGAUCAAAAGCCUAUCACCCGCAUAAGGGGACCUCCUUGAAGUGAGGUUUAAGUCUAGGAAAUCUAAGAUAUUAGCCUCGGAUAACGUAAAAAGAAACUUUCAUUCUAAAUUUGACUUGUUUCUCAUCUAUAAAAAAAAUGGUGACUAAGAUUAAGUUUUCUCGAAGAAUUUUUUUUUUUUUAAGUUUGGGCAGACACUUUUUUUUUCAUUUUUUAUGAUACUGAGAUGUUAAGUCCUUAGGCCAAACAGUGACAGGGGACUCGGAGGCCAUCUGAUUUGAUCCAAGGCAGAGGGGUAUGAAUCAAGAGCUCUUAAUUGGCGUUAAACCAUCCUUAAAGAGAAGCUAACUCAGGUUACUUGGCUUGAUCCAAGGAAAUGGACGGUCAAACAUCCACGAAGAAAAAUGUUGAUUUACAAUUAGAUUCAAUACGAGGGUUUUAGUUUUACCGGCUACUAGGCUCUGCAAAGUUCCUACGAGUUUAGGGCUUCCCUAUAAAUAAAAGCAGCUUCAUCACCUCAAAUAGAACACACACACACACACACACACACAUACACACACAUACACAUACACA